UAAUUUCUGCGCCCUUGAAAAUUGUAAAAAGCGAUGUCCUUUUUUUCUUCUUUUUUUAUUACAUCUUAUAAAUACGUAAGAGAACAGGGAAAUGAGACAUGGUUGUAUCUCCUACAAAGAACAAUCAUAAUAAAAACAGAAAACUAAUAUUAUGGAUUUGCGCACAUCAAGUUAUGGCAUUAUAUACACAGAAAAUAGAAAAGCACAAAAAUAAGAUUACAACAUAUCUUUGAAACAAAGUUGUCAUAACAAAAAAAAGUGCCACAUUUUUUAUGCAUUAUGUAUAAGUCUAAGAGAUGAAACAAGAGAGUCAAAUUCAGCAAGAAAAAUGGGAAAAGACAAUGGAGAUUUAAGCCAUUUUUGCUUAUGAAUGAAGAAUUUUGCAUCCAAUAUAAGGAAAUUAACAUAUUCAACAGAUAACCACUUUGGAUUUUCAUAAUAAAACGAGGAUGAAGGUAUGGGUCACAUUUGUAAGGCUAAAAGCAUAAGAAUUUAAGUCAACCCAAAAUUUGUUGGUUAUAUAACAAUCAAAAAACUAAUUUUCAUCAAAAUCAAAAUAUUUAGAAAAUUUUAUGAAGGAUUUUAUAACCUUGUUGGAUAUACAACAUUUACUUGGCAAAAGCCAGGCCUUUCUCCAGUUUACAAUUGUUAUAAAGGAACCCCAAUGGAAUUUACCUCUUGGAGUAAUCUUUCUCUUCAUUUGAAAUAUUUUGCGAAUAUGUAUGUUGUUGCAUUUCUGAUCUAAAAUAUCAAUACCACCCAAAUGUAAAGCUGGAUAAACACCAUUACCUUUACAGAACUUGAAGGUGAUUUUUAAUUAAUUGGGUUAAGCCUGCUGGGAUAGCUUUCAUCAAGGUAUUAUAUUCCUUUAAUGGGAUUGGAAAGUUAUGGAGAUUUUUUUCUUCUUUUUUACAUCUAACUAACACGCUGUGGACAUUGAAUGGCUCUCCUGAGAUAACGUUUCAUGACAUUUACAAGCUGUUUUAUUGUCAUCUGUGCGUGGCAGAAAAACUGAAUGAGUGAUUACAUGAUGAUACAUGUUGAUUUCGCGCUAUUUGAGAUCACACCACAUUAAAAUUGAAUUUUGUAAUAAAAUUGACAGAAUUUGAAAGUUUAAACUUUGUUUCGUAUCAAAAGUAACCUGCUGUCUUGUCUUUCGCCAUUUGUUGUCACUAGUGUACUCUUUGCUUUUUUGCUUUGUGCUCUUUUUUUUCACUGCGUGAGAAAAUGGAACAUUUGUGGCAUGAGGGCAGUAUGAACCGUGUGAGUCAAAUACAUGAGAGUUUACAGCCCUGAAAAUUUUACCUCACAGUGGAAAUGAAAGAUACAUUUGAUAUUUCAGAGUGGUGUGCAGAGGAAGAGAGAACCUUCCAUCAUGCUCUUCUGAUUGGCUGCGAUUAGUGAUUAAUUUUGUUGUGCCCUGUAGCGGUGUGUCUGGUGUGGAUAAAUUGCUUGUCAGCAGAACCUCAUCACACCUUACGAGGACAUGAUGUAAAGGUGUAGGUGUAGCUAGUCAUAAGGAAGGUUUUUUUUUUUUUUGUAUUUAUGCACCCUUGUUUUAGGGAAGUGAGAGCAAAGCUGUGGUUUUUGGUUUAGAUGUGGGAGGUGUCAGUGUAUCCCCUGUUCUUCAAACAGUCAUAGGUAAUUUUUUUUAUUUCUUAAUUUUCUAAUGAAAGAAGAAUCUGAAGCAUUUUCCAGACAACAGAAUUUGAUGAUGGAUGGAUCAGGCUUCAAUUCAACAUCUAACAGCACUGCUGUGGGUUCAGAGAAGAUCGCUCCUGCUGUAGUUCUGGGUUUGUGUUGUUUGGUUGGUUUGCCAAGCAAUAUUGCAGUAAUCAUCAGCAUUGCUCGUGAGUGGAACAGAAAUCUGAGCUUCACCUUAAAACUAAUGCUAAACCUUGCGGUCUCUGAUGCAUUGACCCUUUGCUUGGCUCCUUUUGUGCUGUAUGGAAUACUGUUUGGAUGGAUAUUCAGCCUUUGGUCUUGUAAGUUUAUGUUUUUUUUGGGUCACUGGAGUCUGUAUGUUGCUGUUCUGACGGUCACCUCCAUGAGUGUGCACCGCUAUCACAAUGUCAUCAAGUCAAGAAUCACUAACAGGAUGAUACUGCAGAGACUGGAAAGACGGCACAGGCGACUUCAGCUGAUUGGCAUCUGGAUUCUAGCCUUUGGCUUUGCCUUACCAGUAAUUUAUACUCAAGGACUCAAAGACAAGAAUGGAUUGCUAAGAUGUCAGAGGACAAUGAAGUCACAGUCUGUAGAAGUGACUGUUUUGCUUUUUGAGAUCCUGGUGGGGUUUGUCAUCCCAUUUUCGACAAUGUUGACAUGUUAUCUCUGGCUGCACAAAGGGUUGAGUCAAAAAGCCAAGAGCUCCAGUCUAACUAGAGCUCCAAAGGACCAGGAACCCAGAAACCAGAGGACAAACGUUAGGACUUACAAGAAGAGGCUUGUGAUCAGCAUCGUUGUGGCUUUCUUUCUGUUUUGGACUCCUGUGCACAUUAUCAAUGUGAUUGAUAUAGUCACUACUCUGACUAAAACAUCUCAUCCAGAUGUUCAUUCCCAACUGAAGUCCUUCCGCCGAGUAUAUGGUGAUGCAAGCAAGACUCUGGCUUUGCUGAACUGCUGUCUGAAUCCUUUUCUUUAUGUUUUCUUUUCAAGAAAUGUAAUAAAGUGUACUAAGUAGAACCCACAUUUGUUUAUUUCACAGCUACAUAUUCAAAGUUGUAAACCUCGUCAGCUAAUUUGGGAUCAGUUUGUUUAAAAAAAUUGUUCUCUGCUGUAAACAGCUGCAUUAAUGCAAUUCUGAAAUCUGUGAUCUGCCAAAGGAUCAUCUGUGUGAAUGAAUAAAUGCUUACCAUAAUCAUAAAUAGACUGAGGGUUAAUAUGUCUUAUUUACAAUUAUUUAAAUGAUUUUUCAUUUCUUUAAUUUGUCCAUGUUUUCCAUGUCGCAUUUUGCAUUUCCGGUGUGAAAAAUUGCUCUUUCAAUCUUUAGAAAGAUGAAAAAUAUUUAAAAUCAUUUAUACAAACAACCCUGUGAAUUUAGUAGCUGCAGACAGCAGUAUUAUUAGCUCAUAUUAUUUUAAUGACCACACAGUAGAGAUGAUGCACAUUUCGCUGCAGUAUACAGUUGUGUUUCAGUCUGUUUCCUUCCCCUUUCUUUACACUUUAUUUGCAGCUAAAUGCUGUCCCGCUAUCAUACAGAGGUUUACAGGUCUCGUGUCUUUGUAAUGGAACCAAAUGCGCAACGGGACACUGCACAGUGCACACCCUUGUUUCAUUAACCGGAUGCUAAAUGCUAAACAGAAACAGGAAACACUGUGAAUGGUGGUUUGACCGAUUAGU